AUGCGAAUUUCCAAAGAAUUGCACGAGAUAGUCGCGGAGCCACCCGAAGGAAUAAGAGUGAUCAUUAAUUAUGAGGAUAUUUGUGACGUUCAAGCGUGGAUCCUAGGACCUGAGUGUACGCCAUAUGAAAAAGGUUGUUUCAAAGUGAAAUUGGUGCUUGGUUACUUUAUCACCAAAAUUUUCCAUCCAAAUGUCUCGCGAGGUGGCGAAGUUUGUGUGAAUACUUUAAAAAAGGACUGGAAAAAAGAUUUGGGGGUGAAACAUAUUCUACUGACGGUGAAAUGUUUGUUGAUUGUUCCUAAUGCCGAAUCAGCUCUUAAUGAGGAAGCAGGAAAACUGCUGUUAGAAGAUUACGACGAUUACGCAAAACAUGCAAGAUUGUUAACUGGAAUUCACGCGUCAACUAUAGCUCCAGUAUUUCUCACAUCAUCCAACCCUAACAGUAGCUCAAGUGAUACUAUUUCUACAAAUUCCACUAAUAUUACCACCACAACCACUUCAUCCACGACGACAUCAACGACCACAGCCACCACUACAACAGCUGUCUCUUCAACAACACCAGCUCCAUCAACAUCGUCUAAUCCCAAAAAAAUUGCCAACGACUCUAAAGAAUUAGAGGCCACAAAAUCCGAAGAUGUAUUAGCACAUUCAUUGAUGUCACCUCUGGCCGACUCUCAUCACAUCAACGAAACUAAAUUGAUGGGGGCCAAUCUAAAAAAGAAUCCUACUACAUCAUCAUCAAAUCCUAAUAGUAAUAGCACAAGUCCAACAGUCACACCGAAAAAACGUGUCGCGGAAAAGAAACUUGAUAAGAAACAAGCAGACAAGAAACGAAGUUUGAAGAGGCUUUGA